AUUGAUGAUGAUGAUUACAUUGAUGUACCUAUUGAACUAAAUCAUAUUCUUGAAAUUAUUAAGAACCACCAAAAUUUAAAUGAAUUUUCAUUUGACCCCAUAGUUGUAGUGGAAGAAACAUCACUGAAAUUUAGGGGUCAUGUAAAUUGGUUAAUAGCAGAAAGAGAAUCAAAUAUAAGUAAAUUGCAAAUAGUUGGAGCCUUGGCUGAUGGAGUAAAUUGGAUAUUCUAUUAUGCCACAAAUAAAGGAUAUCUUCAAAGUGACCUGAUUACUGAAACUCAUCUGAUAUUUAAUGUUUUGAGAUAUUGGAUUUGUGGUCAAACACCAAACUGA